AUGACUUUCCUUCACACCAGGGCACUGGUAAUGUUUUAUCACAUUCUACUCGCCUCCCUGCUUGUCCAACCUGCCCGUUCCCAAGCCCAAUAUGACUAUAUCGUCGUCGGCAGUGGCCCAGGCGGCGGGCCCUUAGCUGUCAACCUGGCCAAGGCUGGCCAUUCUGUGCUCCUCCUUGAAGCCGGUGAUACUAGCGUCGCUCAAGGGUCGGGCCAAUACCCAUCCUCUAUCACAUGGGACUUCUUCGUCAAACAUUACGAAGACGACGCCAGAAACGUAAGGAAUAACCAGGUUACUUGGCGACUCCCUGACGGCCGGUACUGGACUGGCAACAAGAACGUUCCCGCCGGAGCACAGCUGCUCGGUAUUUACUAUCCUCGAGGCGCUACUGUCGGCGGUUCAAGCAUGAUUAAUGCUAUGGCCACUCAGCUGCCCACCGAUAGUGAUUGGGACUAUAUUGUCAACCUGACAAAUGAUACCUCAUGGAGUGCGGCCAACAUGCGGAACAUAUUCGUACGAAUCGAGAAGAACAACUAUCUCCCUGUCGGGACUCCAGGGCAUGGCUUCAAUGGCUGGUUUCAAACUCACAUUGCUCCUACAUUUGGCGGCAUCACUGGCGUCGUUGGCGAUGUUCUUCGUGCCAUGGCCACCCUACUCGGCCAGGACCCAAACCAGAUCACGCAGUACGCCAGUCGUGAUAACAACCAGCUGAGCAGCACCCGUGAUCGUGAAGUCGGGAUCUACGGCCUCGCUCGCCACACGCGUUCCAACGGCCAGCGCUACAGCUCACGCGAUUAUGUCAUUGAGAGCAUGAACGCUGGCAGUCUCCCACUGACUCUCUCACAGAAUUCACUCGCCACAAAGAUUCUCUUCAACACCUCUGGCAGCAAACCUCGCGCCACUGGCGUCGAGUAUCGUGUUGGGCGUUCCCUCUACAAGGCGGAUGCGCGCUACAACGGCGCCCGGGGUGAACUGCGCACGGCUACCGCGCGGCGCGAGGUCAUCCUCGCCGGCGGAGCCUUCAACUCUCCCCAGCUCCUCAAGCUAAGCGGAAUUGGGCCCUCCGACGAGCUGCGCCGCUUCAAUAUACCCGUUCUGGCUGACCUUCCUGGAGUUGGCAUAAACAUGCAGGACAACCAGGAGAUGCCAGUAGUGGGCCGCCCACAAGGCACAGCGAGCGGCUUCGGCUCCGGCGGCUUCGUCAUGUACCAGACGGACCACGCACCCUACGGCGAGCGCGACGUCUUCCUCAUGCACGGGCCGUACGCUUUCCGUGGCUUCUGGCCUGACAGCCAGGCGAACACGGGCCUCAAUGCAGGCGACCGCGGCAUCUACGGCGUCUCCAUCGUCAAGCAACACCCACAGAACCGCGCCGGCACGGUCCGGCUGCGCUCCAGCGACCCGACGGAUCCGCCCGACAUCAACUUCAACCUCUUUAAAGAGAAGCGGGAGAUCGACAUGGGCGGCAUGAAGGACACCGUCGCCUGGGUGCGGCGCGUCUUCGCCAGCACGCGCAGCCCCUCGGGCCCUGUCACGCCGCUGGAACCGCCUUGCGGGCAGGUCCUCGCGACGGGCUACUGCCGGGACCAGGCCGUUGACGAGCGGUGGAUCGAGGACCAAACGUUCGGGCACCACCCGACCAACACAUGCGCCAUUGGCGCUGACGGGGACCGGAACGCGGUGCUGGAUUCCAAGUUUCGGGUCAGGGGUGUCGAGGGGCUGAGGGUUGUGGAUGCGAGUGUCUUUCCGAGAAUCCCAGGCGUGUUUCCUGUUGUUGCCACAUUUAUGGUCAGCCAGAAGGCAUCAGAUGAUAUCAUUGCUGGUGUUUGA